GCCACCCGCCCCGAGGGGGGUUCCCGGAGAGUUCACGGCGGGAGCGCGCUCCGGCCCUUCGACCGGGGGUGGGGAGAACGGGAAGGAAGGAGGAGGCCGCGCGCGCCGAGCCGCAGGAAUGUACGGUUCGGCCCCGAAGCGCGCGCGCGGAGGGAGAGGGAGGAGCCAGGCCUGGGAAUGAGGGGGUGGAGGUAGUGCAGGUCCCCAAGCUCCGGAGAACUGCGGCGCGCAGGGAACCUCCAUGUUCCCCUCUCCCCCGUCUUCCUUGACACCCCUGCCUGUAUCAACUUGUGUGCAGAGAGUGUUGGGGAGGGGAGGGGGGAAACUCAAAAGGAAAUGCGUGUGCUUGGUUCCUCCACUCCUUCCCCCAUUCCCGACCGGGGCACGCGCCGAAGUGCAAAUGCGUGCAAAGCCUCGGGGAUUGUGGAGACAGAAUGCCUAACAGCGUUCUCCCGAGCUAGAUGUGCUUGCACAAGCGUUUGUGCAUCUGUGAUUUUAUGUGCGUGCAGAUAGAUGAAUGCGCACGAUUGCAUAUUUGCAAAUACGUGGUGCCUGCCUAGAUAAAUGCAUGCACGGAUAUGUGUCUAAGCAAGCGCGCGCGCCGGGUGCGAGUGUGUGUAAGUGUGCGCUCCACUCCCAGCUCUGCUUGUCUUAGUGCCCGGCCCCCUUCGCUCUCCAAGCCCCACCCCCCACCCCUCCGGGCUUCGCUUUUACAAAAGGUCUCCCCAGUGUUAGGCGCCGAGGCGCCCAGAGUGAGCCGGACCGCGGCCGAUGCGGCAGCCCCGGCUUUGCGCCCCGCCCAGUCCCUUUCCCCUGCUGGGGAUCCCCCUCUUCCCCGCCCACCCCUUACCCCCCAUGCAGCCUGGCGCCCUAUGCUAGCCCUCCCCCUCCCCCCCUCCAGGAGCGGGGCGCCGCCGGGGGAGGAGGGGGAAUCGGCUGCGGGUCCUUGGUGUUCCUAGCACCCAGCUUCCCUCCAAGCCGGGUCGCGAUGUACGACUGCAUGGAAACGUUUGCCCCGGGUCCGCGACGGCUGUACGGGGCGUCCGGGCCCGGGGCCGGCUUGCUGCGCAGAGCCACGGGCAGCUCCUGUUUCGCCGGAUUUGAGUCUUUUGCCUGGCCUCAACCCGCCAGUCUGCAAUCGGUGGAGACGCAGAGCACUAGCUCAGAGGAGAUGGUGCCCAGCUCGCCCUCGCCCCCUCCACCGCCUCGGGUCUACAAGCCGUGCUUCGUGUGCAAUGACAAGUCCUCUGGCUACCACUAUGGGGUCAGCUCCUGUGAAGGCUGCAAGGGCUUCUUCCGCCGCAGCAUCCAGAAGAACAUGGUGUACACGUGUCACCGCGACAAAAACUGUAUCAUCAACAAGGUGACCCGGAAUCGCUGUCAGUACUGCCGGCUACAGAAGUGCUUCGAAGUGGGCAUGUCCAAAGAAGCCGUGCGGAAUGACCGGAAUAAGAAGAAGAAAGAGGUGAAGGAAGAGGGGUCGCUCGACGGCUAUGAGCUGAGCCCUCAGUUGGAAGAGCUCAUCACCAAGGUCAGCAAAGCUCAUCAGGAGACCUUCCCCUCACUCUGCCAGCUGGGCAAAUAUACCACGAACUCCAGUGCAGACCACCGGGUGCAGCUGGAUUUGGGGCUCUGGGACAAGUUCAGUGAGCUGGCCACCAAGUGCAUCAUCAAGAUCGUGGAGUUUGCCAAGAGGCUGCCUGGCUUUACAGGGCUCAGCAUUGCUGACCAGAUCACUCUGCUCAAGGCCGCCUGCCUGGACAUCCUGAUGCUGCGGAUCUGCACAAGGUACACCCCAGAGCAGGACACCAUGACCUUCUCUGAUGGGCUGACCCUGAACCGGACCCAGAUGCACAACGCCGGCUUUGGGCCCCUCACAGACCUCGUCUUUGCCUUUGCUGGGCAGCUCCUGCCCCUGGAGAUGGAUGACACAGAGACGGGCCUGCUCAGUGCCAUCUGCCUCAUCUGCGGAGACCGCAUGGACCUGGAGGAACCCGAGAAAGUAGACAAGCUGCAGGAGCCACUGCUGGAGGCCCUGAGGCUCUAUGCCCGCCGGCGGCGGCCCAGCCAACCCUACAUGUUCCCAAGGAUGCUCAUGAAGAUCACCGACCUCCGGGGCAUCAGCACCAAGGGAGCAGAAAGGGCCAUUACCCUGAAGAUGGAGAUUCCAGGCCCGAUGCCUCCCCUAAUCCGAGAGAUGCUGGAGAACCCCGAAAUGUUUGAGGACGACUCCUCGCAGCCUGGUCCCCACCCCAAGGCCUCUAGCGAGGAUGAGGUUCCCCGGGGCCAGAGCAAAGGGGGCUGCAGCCCCCAGCCUGACCAGGGCCCCUGACUUCCCCUGCCGUGGGGGUUGGGGCUCCAGGCAGCAGACUGACCAUCUCCCAGACACUGCCAGUUACUGGGGGAGGACCUGCUCUGCCCUCUCUCCACCCCUUCCAAUGAGCUCCUUGUUUUUGCCAAAGUUUCAGGGGUGCCUCUGUGUUCAUCCCCUUCCUGCUCUAACUGGCUCCCUCUCCGGUCUCGGGGGCCUGCCCUGUCCCACCAGGAGAGAGGGCAGAGGGGUGAGCCUCGGUUUGGACUCUAAAAUCUCAGCACUGCCCCUCAGACACCAGGGACCCAGGCUCUCCAGGGCAGGAGGAAGACCCUGCCAGCUCCACAGUCCCUUCCUCUGCCAGGUGCUUAGGCCUCUGGGAGCAAACAGGAACACUAGAGACCAAAAAAAGGGGGCAUAGGGGGAGGGCUGAGCCCACCCUCUUGCCCCUGCCCUUGGUGCCUCAUGCUGCGUAAUGCACCUGCCAGGUGCAUGCUGCCCUCCGUCCCCUGGCCUCGUGCCACGUCAGGUUGGGGCAGGCUGGGCCCUGCAUUUCUGUGGGGGCCAGAGGGUGAAAGGGACAGAUGCAGGUCCAUUCGGCACCUCUUUGCUUGGGCCCAGAGUUGACCUUGUGCCCUCCGUUACAAGCCCCUCCCCUGGCCCCAUCACCGUGCCUUGGGCUUCCCCUGCCUCCCAUCUCAGCCACCGGGGCAGGGACCCUCCUACACUACAGAGGGACCAGGGGAUCCGUCUCCCCCUAGUGCCUUCCCCCCACCUUGAUCUCCAGAGCAGCUUGGCCCAGGGAAGGGGGGGUGGGCGCUGCUUAGCUGAUCCUUCCCUGACCCAGAGGAAACCUCUAUUUAUUUAUUAGCUUUUGUUUACACCCUGGACUUGACCCCUUCCUCCAGGGGUCUUGGGAGGGGGAGCCCAGGGCCCCUGUGACCCCUCCCUUCUUCCUCCAAUCCCCAGUUUGUAUUUAGCUGCCAAAUAAGAUUCCCACUUGGCUCCCCUUUUUCUCUGGGGGGUCAGGGUGCUGUCCCCUCCCCUCUGUUUACAUCUCCCCUCCACCCCGCUGUGUCGCAUAUUGCUGAGUUUUCUAUUUUUGCAAAAUAAAGUGAUGGAAACUCA